AUGGUCCUCCACGCCAAAGGCUGGCUUCCAUGCCACUUACUUCAACGCCUCCAGCCCGGUUCCGCCGGACUCCCCGUUACCGUGGGGACCUGCAAAAUCGAAAGCAUCAUUUGCGCGGUAUCCACAUACGGACACGGCUUCACCUGGCGAUCGACGGUCCUCAACGGGACUGCGCACAUGCUCGUCUUCGACAAGCCAGGCAUGCAGGACCUCGACCACAUCACAGAUGAGGACGUCUGCGGGAACGAAAAGCUAUACGGUCUGCGCAAGAUCGUCAACGGGAUCGUUCCGGGUCAAUGGGAGUACACCCGCCGGGUGAUCAAGAGAGAAGUGGACCAGGUUCUCAUGCUUCGGGUGGAUAUCGAUCCAGAAAAGUCCCAUGUGCAUGUGCGUCAUGGCAUCGCCAACUUUGCCCCCGACUAUGAAUCCGCCGAUCGGAAAAAGAUCUGGGAGGGAUCGAUCCCCAUAUGGGAGGCGUACGGGGAUCCGUUCUACGGCAACACCGAGGCGGAGUUCCCGCCGCGGUUGAAGCGUUUCUUCGAGGAUCAGACUCGAAAGAAUAAGGCAUAUGCGAUCGUGCAGGCUGGGGCGGAGUUUAAGCCUGUACCGCUUCCUUAUUCACAUCCAAAAAAGCGUUCCUGA